AGGAUGUGGCCCUCUUAAGUGAGGGCAAGUUUCUAUUCUCUUCACCGCCGGCUUGAGACGCCGGAAGUGACGCUAUCGUUGGCGGAAACGCGUUUUGCCAGUUAUGGGAAAACAUGGCUGCGGCCGGUUUGGCCCUUCUUUGUAGGAGAGUUUCAUCCGCCCUGAAAGCUUCCCGAUCGUUAAUAACUCCUCAGGCCCCUGCCUGCACAGGGUUUUUUCUUAGUUUGUUGCCUAAGAGUACACCAAAUGUGACAUCCUUUCACCAAUAUAGAUUACUUCAUACCACAUUGUCAAGGAAAGGACUAGAAGAAUUUUUUGAUGACCCAAAAAACUGGGGGGAAGAAAAAGUAAAAUCUGGAGCAGCAUGGACCUGUCAGCAACUGAGGAACAAAAGUAAUGAAGAUUUACACAAACUUUGGUAUGUCUUACUGAAAGAAAGAAACAUGCUUCUAACCCUAGAGCAGGAGGCCAAGCGGCAGAGAUUGCCAAUGCCAAGUCCAGAGCGGUUAGAUAAGGUAGUAGAUUCCAUGGAUGCAUUAGAUAAAGUUGUCCAGGAAAGAGAAGACGCCCUAAGGCUUCUUCAGACUGGUCAGGAAAGAGCUAGACCUGGUGCUUGGAGAAGAGACAUCUUUGGAAGAAUCAUCUGGCACAAGUUCAAGCAGUGGGUUAUACCUUGGCACCUAAAUAAAAGAUACAAUAGGAAACGAUUCUUUGCCAUGCCUUAUGUGGACCAUUUUCUCAGACUGGAACGUGAGAAACGAGCCCGCAUCAAAGCACGGAAGGAAAAUUUAGAGAGAAAGAAAGCAAAAAUUCUCCUAAAAAAGUUUCCACAUCUUGCUGAAGCCCAGAAGUCAAGUCUUGUCUAAGAUAUCUGAACUUUUAAAUUUACCAUUUUGUUUUUCUUGAAUAGUCUGUGUACAAGAGUAAAUAUGUUAAGUGGUUUAUAAAGAAAUUCUGUUUUUAGUCAA